AUGUUGAAUGACCUCUCACCUCACAUGCACCGUGAUGUCUUGAAUAUGCUUGAUGAUCGAUCUGCUGCGUUUCUCGGUAGCAUUGACAUGGGCCACGAAUUGCCUGGCUGGAUGUCUCUCAUUCCUCUCACGGACUCCCAGAUGAUCAAACCACCCCAAUCAGGACAACCGAUGGAUAUAAUUCGUGACAGGCACCAGACUCUGGAGUUUGCUCUGUUCAUUGCAAGCAAACUCCUAGGUGGCAAAAAUCAAUGUAUAGGCAUGCUGUUUGAGGAAACUAUAAAUGAGGACUUGCGCAAAACUCCCUCCAUCGAGCUGUUGUAUUGGAUGCUGAACGAUAUCGAAACCAACAAGUUUGGGUCCUACGUCCAGGACUAUUUCAGACAUGUCAGCAAAGAAACCCUCAAGCAUAUGGGGCUUUCCGUUCUGUUGGGCACUGCUACGCCCCCCGAGGCCUUGCUGUAUACUGUCUGUGUCAAUUCGGUGGCCUACAAGUUCCUCAAUACAGUAGCUGCCAUCGAGAGCGAUGGUAUCUUGGCUCAGAGUCUGCGUAAUAGCGCCUUACUCUACCGUGAGACUGCUCAACGAUGCUUGAGAAGGAUACCCCUCUUCAUGGAGCCUUCACUUUCCUUGCUACAGGCUAUAUUAUGUGGAAUAUUCCUAUAUCAAGGAUCAGGUGACGCUAGCACCUGCCAAGAGUUGACGAAAACUGCAUGCAGAGUAUGCAUGGAUAUCGGUCUUUAUCCUGGUGCAAUUGACCUGCACAAUCCAAAUGAAGAGGAAUAUUACUGCUUCAUGUGGUGCUACAUUCUGGACAAGAACUACGCAUGGAAACUUGGCAGACCGAGAAUGCUAACAGUGGAUUCUGAUCUGAGGGUGGACGCUGCGACAUCGAAAGCUACCAUUUCGACGCUCCUUUUAAUAUACUUGCAAUUAGCCAAGGUUCAGGACACGAUGAUACCCUUCUUGGUCAACUGUUCCAUAGGAGAUAACACAGUCUUCCGGUCUUUCACUAGCAUAGGCGCGCAGCUUCUGCGGGACAUGGAUGCCAUACGCAGGAAUAUUGAUCAGAUUAAUACUCCAUCUCCAGAUUGGACUGGCCUAGACGUCAACAGCGAAAUAGCAACCCUCAAUUUCUCCUACCACUCCAUAAUGACCAGCAUCUUAUACCUCCACCAAAUCGCCCCAGGACAAGCCACCAUAGAGACGUGCCUCACAUCAGCACGGCAAGAACUACAGGCCCUAAUAACAAUCUGCGAAUCAAGUGACAUACAAAAAACGGUUGCUUAUCUACAUUGGACCCUCCUAUACUACCCCAUCACGGCAUGCUUUGCACUAUUCUGCAACGCCGUAGCAACAUGUCAUAACGGUGAUUUCCAGAUCCUCAAGGCUGUAGCGAAUUGUCUCGCGCACAGUGGAACAAUGAGUCAGCCUAUCGCCACGAUGCAAAAUCUUUUUCAACAGUUUGUGGCGCUGUCGAAGUGCUUUUUUGCCGAUGAGAGCUUGACCUUGGAUAUCCCGGAAGGGGAUAUGAGUACAUUGCAGUCGCAGAUGCAGUUGGGAUUCCAACCGCUGGACGGUGGAAUACCGGACUACUCUCAGGUUCGGUUACAGUCGCCGUCCGGGUUUGAUUCCUCGUUUAUCCGUGGACCCUUACAAAGAUCUAUUGGCGAGGGUGUUGAGAGUGUCGAUUUUCCAUCGCCUUUACAUACAUUACAAGGCUGUGAUGGCCUGUAUGACAAUUUCCUGAUUUCCAACCAACCGGGGGCUGAGUAA